ACUAGACAACAUGUCGUUCGACCAAAAGGAAUUGCUUUGCUUGAUCUACAAGCUCACGCGUCUUGUUGUGCCCGACACACGCGUGGAACACGACACCAUGGGAUCCGUAAAUGUUCCGCUAGAUCGCUAUUUUGGCGCACAGACCAUGCGUUCGCUGAUGAACUUUCCCAUUGGGGGUAUGGAGGAACGCAUGCCUCGUGCUAUUAUAACGGCCAUGGGAGUAUUGAAAAAGGCAGCAGCUGAGGUUAACAAAGAAUUCGGCUUGAACGAGUCCAUUAGCUCGAUCAUUUCAAAGGCUGCCGACGAUGUGAUUUCUGGAAAACUCUACGAUGAAGAUCACUUUCCGCUGGUAAUUUGGCAAACGGGAUCCGGUACUCAGACAAAUAUGAAUGUGAACGAGGUUAUAAGCAAUCGUGCAAUUGAACUACUUGGUGGCCAGUUGGGCACCAAGGAUCCUGUUCAUCCCAAUGACCACGUAAAUAUGUCACAAAGCUCAAACGACACAUUUCCAUCGGCCAUCAAUAUAGCUGUGGCCAUAGAGCUGAAGGAAACCCUCUACCCAUCACUUAAAGUGGUCAUUGCGGCGUUGGAAAAGAAGGAGAAAGACUGGAAGGACAUCAUCAAGAUCGGGAGAACUCACUUAAUGGAUGCUGUGCCAUUGACACUAGGCCAGGAGUUCAGCGGAUACAAGCAACAGAUUUUGAAUAGCUUGAAACGUCUAGACUCAACUUUGCCUCGUCUCUAUCAGCUGGCUCUAGGUGGGACUGCCGUAGGCACCGGUCUCAAUACCCGAGCAGGCUUCGCGAAAAAGUGUGCCGAGCGCAUUUCCAAGCUAACUAAUUUGCCUUUUGUCAGCGCCCCCAACUUUUUUGAGGCUCUUGGCGCUCGUGAUGCUAUGGUGGAAGUGCAUGGCAUACUGAACACCAUCGCCAUUAGUACCAUGAAGAUGGCAAAUGAUAUUCGCUUUUUGGGUUCCGGACCGCGUUGCGGGCUCGGUGAGCUCAGUUUGCCCGAGAACGAGCCCGGUAGUUCAAUAAUGCCGGGCAAGGUAAAUCCCACACAGUGCGAGGCUAUGACCAUGAUUUGCGCUCAGGUGAUGGGGAACCAGGUCGCCGUCACUGUGGGUGGUUCCAACGGACAUUUUGAGUUGAACGUCUUUAUGCCGCUUAUUGUCUCGAAUGUGUUGCGUUCUAUUACACUUUUGGGCGAUGGUCUAAAUACCUUCUGCUUCAACUGCUUGGAGGGCAUCCAAGCAAACACGGCUAAAAUAAAACAGAUUAUGAACGAAUCCCUGAUGCUUGUCACGGCAUUAGGCCCACACAUUGGCUACGAUGCCGCGGCUGUAAUUGCAAAGUCGGCUCACAAAAAUGGAACGACACUGAGAGAGGAAGCCAUCAAGGCGGGCAUUUUCGAGGAGAGAUUCGAUGAAUGGGUGCGACCAGAAGAUAUGCUCGGUCCAAUAUAGUAUGGAAUUUAUUUAGUUUGUUUGAGAAAAUAAAGUCCCACUUCAGCAUGUCCAAUACA